AUGAAAUUCUGCCUUGCAUUGCUUGCGUUGACUGUUAUCGCUGCCACAAUCGAGGCAAGGUUGUUCGGAUACGAGGAUGUGCUGGUGGAUCCGACACAGGAUAGAGAAUCGUCAUCGCUAAAUGAAUGGGGGUACAAACACAGUCCUGCACGACCUUCAAAACGAAAUCGCAUGUGUUUGAUUAACGCUGGUCUCUCUCAGGGAUGUGAUCUCUCCGAUAUUCUCAUGGCAAAACAACAAGCAAGUAAAUUCUUGAGUUUUGCUGGUCCAGGCCGUAGAUGA